AUGUCUCAUAAAGGGCGUCAUUGUAACAAGUUCUAUACGAGUGAUGGCUGCCCGUAUGGAGAUAGUUGUAAGUUUCUUCACGAUGAUAAGUCUAAAGAAGAACGGGAGAGUGUGGUUAUAAGUUUGGGCCCAACAGAAGGUCGUCAGAGUGGUGGUGGAUCUGUAGGAAGUGUUGUGGCUGGAUCGAGUCUUGGGAAUUGGAAAACAAGGAUUUGCAAUAAGUGGGAGAUGAUGCGUUAUUGCCCAUAUGGUAACAAGUGUCGUUUUGCUCAUGGAUCGCACGAACUGCCUGAAUAUACUAGAGGACAUGUGGAGCCAGAAGGUCGGGCUGUGGUGGCUGCACCUUCUAGACCUUCAACCGAAAAUGCAAUAGUUGGAUCUACGUCUACUGUUCCUCAAUCAGACGGAAACCUCAUCGGAGUUCCUCUACAAAGGUUGCCGGUUCCAUUUCCUAGGCUAAAACAACGUCACAUGAGGAGGGAUUGCAACUUGGUUAGCCGAAUAUAUGCGGAUUGGAUUGAUGACAUUGAAUGA